UUCACGUCACGCAAUCACAGUUGGAAGUUGUUUUCUGUUAUAGUACUGUGUUUGCCUUUCAAAACUUAUCUGUAUAAAUGGGCAGCUUUCUCUCUGCUGGCAUGAAAAGCCCUCUUUUUACUGCAGCAGCCAUAGACUUUGGUAUUCAGUGGGUUUGUUGGGUGGUUGCAUCCAUUCUUCAAACUGAAAAGUUUUACGAUUUGGCCGGUUCGUCCACCUUCGUCUUCCUAACGUUGCUAACACUGAGAUGGCAAAGGAAAGUAAACCUGCGUCAGAUUGUCCAGUCUAGCUGUAUUACGGUUUGGGGACUUCGACUUGGCUUGUAUCUGUUUCACAGGAUAAUCCAGGACGGAAAGGAUAGCCGUUUCGACAAGGUUCGAGGGAAUCCCCGCUUGUUUUUCAUCUACUGGACAAUUCAAGGCGUUUGGAUCCUCGUGACUCUACUACCAACCCUUAUCCUGAACACCUCUACGAAAGACGAAGAGCUGACAUGGAGGGAUUACUUAGGAUGGGUUUUCUGGCUAAUCGGGUUCAUACUAGAAGCAGGUGCAGAUUACCAGAAGUCGCAGUUCAAAGCUAAUGUAGCCAAUAAAGGCAAGUGGAUUUCCUCUGGGCUCUGGAGCCUUUGCCGACAUCCCAACUAUCUUGGCGAGAUGUUGAUGUGGUCUAGCUUGUUUCUGCCAGCUUCCACAGUGAUGUCUGGUUACCAGUACUUGAGUGCUGUCUCCCCUAUGUUUGUGGCUUAUCUGUUGACACGUGUCAGUGGCAUUCCAAUUCUGGAAAGGCAGGGUCUGAAGAAAUGGGGACAUCUACCAGCCUACCAAGAUUAUCGCCGAAGCACUGCAGUUCUGAUACCUUACUUGUGGUAGAUUUUAACUGUAAACCUGGCUAGUCACACUUAGGUUGAAUAGCUAUGAUUGUUAAUCUAGGUUUGGAUUUAGGCCAGAUAAAGACAGAGUGCUUUUCUUUUCUUUUAUUAAAAAACUGUUAUAAACCAACCCCCCACAGAUGUAAUUUCUUGAUGAUGUUAAUUAUCACAUUUCACCUUGUUUAAUGGGACAACUUUCCAAAUUUUUCCUGUUCAAAAGUAUGCUUCUUUCUAAAUAUAUGAUACUUUUUUCUAUAACCUGAUUACCAGACUGAGUGUGUCAGACAACUUUAAAAAUAUGGUUCUCAUGUUUACCAUAUAAAGAAUUCUGUGUCUUUAAGUUGUGCACAUAAUGAUGCAUGCAAGCUUUGGUCUGCUUACAUUACACCAUAAAGUGUUUCAGUGAAAUUGGA